AUGGACGUCGUGCUUGAUGUUCUGGAUACCUUUGUCUUCGACAAGUUAUAUGCGCUUCUUCUACCAGCCAAAUCAUUUAUCCUUUUGGACCAGGACUCCCUGCUUGAUUACAACCGCCAUAUCAAUCGAUAUGUCAGCCUCGCGCCAACUCAGUACGCUGUGCAGAGUAGCUGGUCGCGAGACUAUAUUUUCCGGCAGUUUUUGAGUCUUUUCAUCACGAUCUGGGGCUUCGGGCUUCUGCUCUACUUGACCACUGCCACCAUCUCCUUCGCUCUGGUCUUUGACAAGCGUGCGAUGCAACACCCCAAAUUCCUUCGCCAUCAGAUCCGUCUUGAGAUUGGGCAAGCGUUGCGCGCAAUGCCGGCGAUGGCGGCCUUGACUGCUCCUCUCUUCCUGGCCGAAGUGCGUGGACACAGCAAGCUGUACGACCUUGCCAACGAGAGUCCCUUCCCCCUCUACACCUACCUACAGUACCCCCUCUUUAUCGCAUUUACCGACUUUGCAAUCUACUGCAUUCAUCGAGGACUCCAUCAUCCGGCCAUUUACAAACGCCUGCACAAGCCGCAUCACAGAUGGAUCAUCUCUACCCCCUAUGCGAGCUAUGCCUUCCACCCUGUGGACGGCUGGAGUCAGAGCCUUCCAUACCACAUCUAUCCGUUUCUCUUUCCACUGCAGAAGGCGGCAUAUUUGGGUCUGUUUGUUUUUGUAACCAUCUGGACGGUCAUGAUCCAUGACGGGGAGUACGCUCUCGAUUCACCAGUGAUCAAUGGAUCGGCCUGCCACACUAUUCACCACUACUAUUUCAACUACAACUACGGGCAGUUCACUACGCUUUGGGACCGUAUUGGAGGAAGCUAUCGCAGGCCAAAUCGGGAGCUGUUCAACAAGCAAGAACGGCUCAAGCAGACCGAGAUCCAGCGGCAGGUUGAGGAAAUGGAGCGGUUGGUAAAGGAAGUUGAAGGAUCUGACGAUCGGUGUUAUGAGCAAGACAGCAAGAAAUCCUCUUGA